UAUAUUACACUUACACCAAAGUCUCUUAUCCAGAGAGAAGCCUGAUGGUUUUUCUCAGACCAACACAGAGAAGCAGUAAGGAAGUUAGAACCCAGAAGUUGAAUGUCUUUGAUGGCAGUGGUAUUUUCGGGGGAACGAAGGUUUUCGGCAUGAACGACACAUGGGUAAAAUCGGUUCAGUUUGGGUUUUACAUUCCCAUCCUGGCUGCUGGUUUUCCGUUAAACGUGGCUGCCCUGUGGCAGCUCUUCUUCCAUGUUCGUCGCUGGAACGAAUCCACUGUUUACCUCCUGAACCUCAUCAUUAGUGACUGCCUUCUCCUUUUUGCACUGCCCUUCAAAAUCAUGGCUUAUGGCCAGAAGUGGAAUCUCGGACGCUUUGCCUGUUCCCUGUUUGAGAGUCUUGUGUAUGUCAACAUGUAUGGCAGCAUCCUGCUGAGUGUGUGCAUCUCCGUGGAUCGUUACGUGGCUCUGCAAUUCCCCUUCCAGCGCCUGCGAUCCAAACGGAAGGCUGCGCUCGUCUGCGCUGUCAUGUGGAUGUUACUGUUUGGGUUUAGCUGCACAGUAUAUGAUUUGCAUGAGGACAGCAUUAAUGCAUCCUUCUGUUUCCAGAACUUUUCCAACCACACAUGGAAGAAACAGUGGAUCGUAGUGUGUGUGGAGUGUGUGUUUUGGGGCAGCACUGUCGUCAUGGUGCUUUGCUCAGUGCUCGUCAUUAAAAUCCUGCACGAUUUACGCAAAAGGAACCCUAAUGAUGCUAAACUGCGAAACAACAAGAGUGUAAAGAUCGUGCUCAGCAACCUGGUGGUGUUCCUCUUGUGUUUCAUUCCGUAUCACAUAGCAGUGCUUAUUUAUUUCUACGUUAAACUGAACGAGCACAAUUAUGUCAUCGAUGGACUGCGUAAAUUCGUCCACAUCAGUCUGUGUGUGAGCAGCGUGAACUGCCUCGCCGAUGCAGUCUGUUAUUAUUUCAUACUGAAAGAAAACCUGCAGAUAGCACAGCAAGACGCCAGAGCCAACACACUCACACAGAGCACACACUUAUCCGCAGCACACACACUUAUCCAGAGCAUACACACUUAUCCAGAGAAUGCACACUCAUCCACAGCACACACAGAGACACACACUAAGUGCGGAGGAGAGUUAUGUAAAAUCUGAAUCUGUACAAGAUGAAUGUUUACAUACGGACACAUGGUGUUAUCGCACUGCCGCAUUUCACACCAGGGGUCUUCGCUCCAUCUAAUUCAAUGGCUUUAUUAUUUUCUACAUUAUAGAGCCACACUGAAGGCGUCCAAAGCAUGAAAUAAUCUCCGAAGAGCUGAUGUGGAGCGUUCCUGUAGACUCUGAUCUAAGCUGCUGUUAAUUUGGUGAUUUGUGAGGCUGGUAACUCUAAUGAAACCUCUUGUCUGCGGUAGAGAGACGUCCUGGUCUACCUUUCUCUACCCUCUUCAUUAGAGCGAGUCCAAUCACCGUGUGUGAGGGGUUUCACUCUUUAUUAUAAAUUUCUGCAACUUUCCAGAUGAACUGACCUUCAUGACCUACAAUUUAGUCAUGCAUGUGUGUGUGUCUGUGUGUGUGUGUUUGUGUGUGUGUGUGUGUGUGAAGUUUUGAUUUUAAAGCUAGCUUUCCAUCAGGACUGAAGUUUAAAAGUGGGUCUGUUCUGACUGUCUGUGACUCGACUGUAUGUGUGUUGCAAUUUUUUUAUUAAUUUAAAAAUUCAAGUUUGUUGAAGCAAAAUUUUUGAUUGUUUGUGGAAUUUACACUGUGAGGCUAACCUUGCUAACAGUAGCUUAAGGAUAAAUAUAGUAUAAUAUAGUAUUUUUCUAUAAUGUAGAAAUUACACAAUAAAGGAAACCAAUAUAUUAGAAGGCGUGUCCAAACUUUUAACUGGUACUGUAGGUGGGUGGGGCCACACACACUUACUGCUGUUAACAAUGAACUGAUGUGUAAAUGUAUUAAUCAACAACAACAGGCCAACUGUCACACUGAGGGUUUGGUGCAGAAUGUGUUGAGUAAAGGGACACAAUUUAGUGUGUGUGUGUGUGUGUGUGUGUGUGUGUGUGUGUGUGUGUGUGUGUGUAUGUGUGUGUUUGAGUUCCCAGGAAUGGCUCUGGAUCCACUGAGACACUGAUAAGUAAAAUAAUGAUUGAAUUAUGGUCGCCAAAACUUUUGCACUCACAAGUAUGUGUGUGAACAGGAAGCUGUCCCAGCUAGAAACAGACAGAUAGACAGACAGUUAUGCGUGCACACACACUCAUUUGUGACAAAGCGCAGUGCAGCUGCAGAUGUUCUCCUUUUAC